AUGCAAAGUAGUAAGGAUGAUGAUCAAGAUAAUGCCCAAGCAGCAACAAAUGCUUUAGUUUUCUUGGCUGUUUGUAUAAAUGGCCAUUGGAAAGUUCCACUUGGAUAUUUUCUUAUUARUAGUUUUUGUAGAAGUGAAAGAGCUAACCUUUUAGCCAAGUGUUUUGAAUUAAUGAAAGAAACAGGAGCACCAUGGUUUAACAAUCCAGCAACACCAGAACAAUCAAAUCCAAUUUAUCUCUUUUGGGAUGCAGCUCAUAUGUUAAAACUAGUUCGCAACGGCAACACUUUAGGUGAGAAACAAGUUUUUAUAAAUGGUAAAGGAGAAAUAAUUAGAUGGAACCAUAUUGUUAAUUACAAGAACUACAAGAUAGUAAAGAUGAAUGUACGUUUAGCUGUACAAACUUUAAGUAAGAGCGUAUGCUGUAGCUUAUUAUUCUGUGAAGAAUUAAAACUAUUAUCAGGAAUAAAAGCAACAGCUGAAUUUUGUGAAGUUUUCAACAAUGUGUUUGAUUUAACUGAUUUCCGUAACAAACUGGGAAAAGGCCUUAUUAUAUGUCUUACUAAUCUUUUGAAACCAUUUGAUGUAGUAAAACCCUAUGUAAUGUCUUACCUGUUACGUUAUAAAAUUAGUCAGGAUCAUUUGGAAGUAUUUUUCAGCGCAAUGCGAAGUCGUGGUGGRUUUAACAAUAAUCCUAAUGCAAUACAAUUUCGAUCAGCGUACAAACGAUUACUUGUAAGUAAAAAUAAACGAAACAAUGCUGAUGCACUUUGCCAUUACAAUGAUGAUGAAUCAAAAUAUUUUGAAAAGUUUGAACAUGAUUAUGACUAUCGCACAUCUCAAUUGGAAGAAUAUGUUAAUGAUGUUGUUAAAUACACCAGUGGGUUUAUAGUCUGUAAAAUAAGAAAACAAAAAAACAUCUGUGAAACUUGUUAUAAUGAAUUGACAACGGAAGACAUGAUUACUUCAUCAAAAUUAUUAAAAAUUAAAAAUAAGGGUAAACUUAUCAACACAUCUAUUGAAAAAAAAAAUGACUUGCAACUGAAUAUGUAA